CGCUCCUGGUGUUCAUGCGUACCGCAGCGAGCGCGGCUGGGUGCGAUAUCUUGUAUACUAUCUCGUGGUGAUGGAGGUCAUCAACACUGUAUGCGAUAUCGGUCUCAUCUACGAGCCUCUUAUUUUCCUCCAUGACAACCCGCAAGUCACUGUCCGGUCACCGAAGCGUGGGUUGUCUCCAUGGCCGUUCUUAUUCCUUUGCUCAUCUAUAUUCUGUAGUAUUAGCAGCAGACCCGGUUGUUACGGCAAGUCCUGAGACAUUCUCUCCCACGUACAUAUGCUGAGGGAGCCCGCAGACGCUGAUAUCAACACCCACCCAAUUAUUCAUGGCCUGGCGGAUCAAGCUGAUCACCAAAUCUAAAGCCCUCGGGGCAUGCGUCGCAUUUCUCGCGUUUCUCUCGCUCACGGGGGGCGUCGCGUCAUCGAUCGGUGUUGCCCAGAGCCCGGAUUUCAGCGAUUUUCAGCACCACCAGGUGCCGCUCACGCUGUGGCUCACCUCGACCGCAUUUGCGGAUCUGUUCAUCACGACGUUCCUAGUCAAUUUCCUAUGGAAGCAUCAAACUGGAUUCCACACACGCACGGACUCGGUGGCCGACAAAAUCAUCUCGUUCACUGUCCAAACGGGACUCUUGACGUCCUUCGCUGCGAUUGCAGAUGUGACGCUCUUCCUAAUUGUGCCGCACACCACCUUGAUGUUCAUUUGGGACUUUUCGUUGUCUAAGAUGUAUUCGAUCUGUUUGCUUGCCGCACUCAACGCCCGGCACGAGUGGAAUAUCCUGCUCGAUCGCCCACGACCGCAGGAUCUGCGAGAUGACAAAUCUGGGAUCAUCAAAAUCCGCAAAGUGAACGACCUCGAAGGGUUGCAGCUGUACAAACCAGAGAACUUUUCUCAGCCGGCGCCGAUAUCGCGUCCUGGCGCAGCGUCGACGAAGAGCAGCGCCACCCUCGUCUCGAACUCGAGGUCCGCGAAGCAGCCUCACGCGGCGCGCGCCUACUCGCACAGUGCCCCGCCGCCGCCGUCUUCAUCAUCUUCACGCUCUCGGUCGGGAGAUCCGAACCCACGAUCGUGCUCGGAAGCUGGAGGGAGGGGCGGUGAUUCUCGGCGUGCUCGGGACGACCGACGGCUGCCGGCUCCGCCAUCGGGCCGCUCGCGGACGGAGUCACCGCCGGAUACGCGCUCUCGGGGGUCUCAGCCUAGGAGGAUAGGCACUGGUGAAAAUCACUCGAUGGCCGAGCGUUUGCCACCCGUCAACACAGUUCCUGCUGCAGCUGAGCCCGCCCCCACCCCCGCCCCUGCAGCUGAGCUCGCCCCCGCCCCCGCGGCUGCCCCUGCCCCUGCCCAGAGGAAGAAGAAAAAAACAACGGGACCUCGAUGCACCUGGAGCGACGAAGACGACGAGAAGCUUGUGCAGAAACUUCGCGAGCUCAAAGACCUUGGAUUCCAGUCGGAUAGUGGAUGGAAGCCAGGCACUUGGAUCUCUUGCGCUACCGUUCUGCAGGGUGGUCGCGGUGGCGAGAAGACCCCCGACAAAGUGGCUGAUCAUUACACCAAUAUCAAGGGGGACUUCAAUCGUGUCCGCACCAUCCGCAAUCAAUCGGGCUUUGGAUGGGACGCAAACAAGCAAAUUUGCACUGCGAGCGAACCUGUUUGGAGUGCAUAUAUUGCGCGGCACCCCAAGGCCAGCAAAUGGCAGUCGACACCGUUCCCAUUGUACGAGGACAUGCUGUAUCUCGUAGAUGGCAUCGUUGCGACUGGUGAAGGUGCUUUCCAUCCUGGGAUCCCGACUAUCACCCCUGCGGAUGUGGUGUCCUCUGUGAUUGACAAUGUGCUUGGCAAGUCGUGGUCGCAGUCGCAGUCGCAGUCACAAGCGACUGAUGAAUACCAGGAGAACGAUGGUCUUGCAGGUAACCUGUCGAUCGAGACCCUUGUCAACGAUGAUCUGACACCUUCGUCACCGGUGCGACUUCUGCAGACCCCAGUUUGCUCAGCAAAGCGUGCAGCAUCACGUUCUCCGCAGGACACUGGACGUAAUCGGCGACGGAGGAAUGCCGAAGCCACAGCAGAUCUUGCUGUUGCUCUUCGGAACGUCACAUCAUCAAUGGUUGUUGUGGGAAGCCCUGAGAUUCGUCGCCAGGCCAUAUCUAUGAUGGAGGACGACAAUGAGUUUUCGGAUGACAAGGCUGUGACUAUAAUGAAGGUAUUCCAACGUGAUUCCUCAGUUGCGCAGACAUACAUUGCUUCAGCAAGCAAAAAACGUCGCACCGCAUUGAUUCGUUCGGUUGUCGAGGAUAUUGAUAGUCGGAAUUAGUACGUAGUAUGUAUUCAAUUGCAAUUCGCUAUGCUACUGUAAUGGAUUCCGAGCUUGAUA